AUGUUUAAAUUUAAAUAAAUUACUUAAUUAAUUAUAUUAAUUAACAAUUUAUAAAAAAUAACAAUCAAUUUUCUAGCUUAUAAUUUUUAAAAUUUGAAAUUUACCGCUUGUUACGCGCACGGUGCGCAGUAUUCAAAUAUUACGCCGCGCAAGAGCACAUGCGCUGCCGUUGCAGGAAUUAAACAUUUUCGAUGCUACUGCAACGGAGAAUUUUAAAUAAUUGUGUUAAAUUAGUUAAAUUAUUUAACAGUUGAUAAUGUAGUUUAACAGUUUCGACAUAUAUAUUUAUUUUACCUAUGUAAUUUAAUUGAUUAAUUCUAUAAAUAUUGUUUUUAUUUUGAUCGCGAUAAAAAAAAAUUUCCACAAGUCAUAUGUGUAAUUAAUAAAACGUACAAUGAGAGUUGUAGUAUUGAUCGUAAUAAAUUAUUAAACUUAACCUAAUAAUUUAUAAAUAAAUAAACAGACAAUGAAUAUUCUGGAGCGAUGUCCGGGUAUGUACUGUGGCCGCGAACUGCUUCUUGAUGGAAAUUGGACCGACUGCGGUGCUUGUCCACGAGGAUUCCGUACCAAUUCAUCAUCAGCAUGUGUACCCUGUGAUGACAUGCUCAUUUUUUAUGACUGGCUGUACCUGGGGUUCAUGGCAUUGCUUGCACUAGUGUUGCACUGGUUCUGCAUUGACAUGGUGGCACUGAGACGUAACAUACCCCUAGAAGUAAUAGUUAUUCACUUGUCAGCUCUGUUUGAAAUUACAUGUGCGUCACUGAUUACCCUACAAGUGACUAAUCCUGUCGGAUCAUAUCAAGUAAAAUCAUGCAGGGCCAGAAAAUUAUCUGACUGGUAUACUUUGCUACACAACCCGACUCCAAAUUAUGAGAUUUCGCUGCACUGUACGCAGGAAGCUGUCUAUCCACUGUACACAAUGGUUUUUAUUUUCUACUCUCUCAGUGUAACCAUUAUGUUGUUGGUAAGACCCUUGCUCGUAAGAAGAUAUUUACCUAAACAAGGUAAAUAUUCUAUUUAUGCUGCUCUGUAUUUCUUUCCCGUUCUCACAUUAUUGCACGCGGUUGGAGGAGGAUUGAUAUACUACUCGUUCCCGUACAUUAUAAUAAUUUUAUCAGUCUUAUCAAAUGCAGCGCAUUUUGCAUUUAAAUUAAACCAGACAAUGAAAUCAUUAUUAUUAAGUUCAGUGUCAGAUGUCAGGAAUGUUAUUGUAAUUCUUGGACACUGGCUGUUGCAUGGAUAUGGAAUAAUGUCAGUUGCAACAUUACGCGGUGUAAAUAUCCAUCCCUCGAUGCUUCUUCUAGUACCUCUGCCGGCGUUCUUUUACAUACUUACCGCGAGGUUUACUGAUCCUCAUAAACUUCAUGCUGAAUAAUUUACGAGUACUAAUAUACAAGUAUCACUUAAGUUUAAUAAGACAAGUCUCAUAAUUAACUCGUAAACCUAUUGAUUACAAUGAUUGAAAUGACUUGUUUAGGACGGAAAAAAGAAGACAAAUUUCCUAUGGCUCCUUGGACCAACACCUGUACUUCGUACUCAUAUAAAAAAACUUGGCUUUGAGAUAAAAAAAAAAAUUUGUCU